CGACGAAUGAGGCGUAAGGGAUGGGAAAUGGCACGCGGGCUGACAGAUGAACGCGAAGUGCCCGUCGGUUUGCCUACCAAAGAGGUCGCCGAGAGCAGUCAGAUACGCCAGCGCCGUCAUGAAGGUCGCCAAAUCGAAAUUGUCGGCCCGGAUGGCCAGCACAGGAAAGUCGCGGUCGCCGACUUGACCCAAGACGACUCCGAACUGGCCACCCGGUUUGGCUAUAACCCGGUCUUCAAGAGAGAAUUUGGAUACUUGUCAACCUUCUCGUUCGCGGUCAGCAUUAGUGGUCUCUUUGCGACUGUCAUGACCACCUAUUCAUACCCGUUGCUCGCCGGUGGCAGUAGUGCUGUUGUGUGGUGUUGGGCCGUCUCCGGAUUUGGCUGCAUGUGCAUUGCAUGCUCCGUUGCCGAAUUGGUCUCUGCUUAUCCUACCUCUGGAGGACUAUACUUCACUAUCUCUCGUCUCGCUCCCAAAAGCUGGGUCCCCUCUAUCAGCUGGGUUACUGGUUGGCUCAACCUUCUCGGCCAGGUGGCUGGUGUUGCGUCGUCCGAGUACGGCGCCGCCCAGAUGCUCCUCGCGGCCGUCUCCAUGAGCCGCGACUUCAACUACGAAAUCACGACCAACACCACUGUCGGCGUGAUGGCGGCGCUAACUGUCAUCACCGGUGUAGUCAACUCUCUUUCCACAUACUGGAUGGAGAAGAUGACCAAGUCCUAUGUCAUUUUCCACGUCUGUGUGCUGGUCGCUUGCUCGAUCGCUCUGCUGGUCUUGACAAAGGACAAGCACAAUGCCAAAUUCGUCUUCACCGAUGUCAAGGCGGAGAGUGGCUGGACACCCAUUGGCUUCAGUUGGCUAUUCGGUUUCUUGUCUGUCAGCUGGACAAUGACCGACUACGAUGCGACUGCUCACAUUACCGAGGAAAUCAACAAUCCCGAACUCAAGGCUCCCUGGGCUAUCUCCACCGCCAUGCUGUUCACCUAUGUUGCCGGUUUCCUGUUCAACAUUGUGCUUGCUUUUUGCAUGGGCGACCCUGAUGAAAUUCUCGUCUCGCCUAUGGCUCAACCUGUUGCUCAGAUCUUCUACAACAGCCUGGGCAAGGGUGGCGGUAUGUUCUUCACUAUUGCGGGUCUGAUUAUCAUCAAGUUCGUGACUUUCACUGCCAUGCAGGCCCUCGGCCGCACGGUCUUUGCCUUCUCUCGCGAUCGCAUGUUGCCUUUCUCCAACGUUUGGAUUAAGAUUGCUCCUUGGACUGGAACUCCCCUCUACGCGGUGUGGAUGUCCGUCUUCUUCUGCAUUGCUAUCAACUUGAUUGGUCUUGGUUCUUACACCGCCAUUGCUGGUGUCUUCACAGUCUGUGCUAUUGCCCUGGACUGGAGCUACUGUAUUCCCAUUGUGUGCAAGCUCCUCUUUGGCAAAUUCCAGCCGGGCCCCUGGCACAUGGGUCCCUUUAGCACCAUCGUCAACAUCUGGGCUUGCCUGUGGACCUUGUUCGUCAGCGUCAUUUUUGUUCUCCCCACUGCUAUGCCGGUCACUGCUCAAACCAUGAAUUAUGCCUGCGUCUACAUCGUGGCAGUGCUACUGUUCUCGAUGGUUUACUGGUAUAUUCGUGGCCGCGCAGUCUACACUGGUCCCGUCACCGAGGCUAUUUCGGAUGACAUCUCCGAGAGCGAGAUCGUGGAGUCCGAAAAGGCUACCAAAGGCCCUGCCGCGUAAUCGUGCCACUAAUAGCUGCCUCUCUCUCCCGUCACGACAACCACCAUAUAUCCAAUCCGUCGCGUAACCCAGCUCACACCCGCAACAACCCAGUGCAACACACUUCCCACUCGCCAUCUUAUAGGUUUUUCCGAUUCACCUCCGGAAAUCAGCCCUGUAUCCGCCCACUUCCAAUACUUAUGCAACCCGUUUGUCGACUUGACCCAUCACCCAUCACCACCCAUGCGAUAUCAUACCGUCACGGCCUCAAUAUACCACCCUCUGGUAACCGGUACCUUCGCCAACCAGCCCCGAGAAAACACCCCAAGCGACAAUCUCCUAGCGCCAAUAUAUAAUGGACCCAUGCGACACGAUUGCGGAACGAGUAGCGGUGUAUAUUCUAGGGACCUCACUUGACUCUAUCUGAAUGCAAAUAUCUUAUGCAUCAUUUACGCACAUAAUAUCUUCACACGGAUCUAUUCCAAGACGCGCCGUCUUGACUUAGAUACUAAAUUGCGACAUCCCACAUCUGGCCCAACGCGACCUGCCGAGAAUCAGUAUGCUGUCUGCUUCGAAUGCCCUGAAACGAGUUUCCGUCCGCAGGACAAUGCCCAAAAAGACUGCAAGCAACAUCCCGAAAGCCCCUGAAUCAUCGACAUGUGAAUUAUCGCACUUCCCAGUGUGACUGUGUAGGACUUCUUUGAAUUGUACCCUGUCGGGCCUGUUGGUAAGCGACCGUCCUUGAAACUCCCCGAAUACCUCUGCCACCAGUCCUCGAAACUCUCCGAGUUCUCCAUCAACGGCACGGUGAUCGGCUUGAAUACCCUUUCCCAUAUUGCUCCAUUUGCUAGAUUGGUAUCUUGGCUACCGUGCUAAACCAGACACUACUCUAUACGAUAUUUGCAUAUUCCGGCUCACUGCUUAACAUUGCG